AUGUACUUACGACCGCUGGUUCGAGUUGUUUUCGUUCAAAAAUGCUUUCUGUCGACUGCUGCUGGUGGUUCAGUCUCAAAAGGGCCAACCUUGUGGUAUCAUGCUUCUGAUGUGCCGCUAACGAAACCGUAUGAUUCCAAGUAUAAGCCCAGUAAGCCAGCUGAAAAAUUCGUUAAGUUUUCUGCUAGUGACUGUCGAAGGCUUGAAGGGGCUUUUCAGAAAUGGAGUAAAUCUCAGAAGGAGACUAAAGAAUUGACAAGUGUUCCGGUCAAUGAGGAUUUUCUCUUCGAGGUUAAUAUCCCCAAAAUGGUGCUGAAACCGACUUAUUGGCGUGGUCCAACGUAUGAAGUACGUCGUGGGAUUUGGAUGAACGCAAAUAAUAACCCAUUGGCUUACGAGCUGACGGCUGAGAUUGAAAGAUUCUAUGCCAAGAUGGACAGCUCGCUUGAAGGCGAUAAGGAACAGGAAAAGCAGGAUCUAUUCAGAUUCACUCAACCAUAUGGUAAGCAUAGGAUGGUCUUGUUUGUGGAUAAAACAACGGCGUACUUGCUCCCGGAUUUAAAAGGUGGUGAGUUGCAGUUGAAGCUCUUAAGAACUAAUCUUAUUCCUCCAAUGGGUGACAAGAUUACAAGAGGUAGUAGCAGUAACCAUCUGACAGAUGCAGCGGCAUCUGCCAAAAGGACUAUUGAAAAUGAGAUACAGGGCACUACUAAACAGCUAGGGAAACUGUCCGAUUUGAUCAGUUGGGAGUUACCAAGCGUUUUUGGUAUGCCGGACUCGAAGGACAGUACCAAGGGCAAUGAUGACGAUUCCGAUGUAUUCAAAAGGGAGAUUGAGACUGACUAUGACAAUGAUGCAACUACCCCUCAGCGUGAUGUUAAACAUCUCGUGUUAUGCGUCCAUGGGAUUGGGCAAAACCUGGGCAAGAAAUAUGAGUACGUGAAUUUCGCACAUACCGUGAAUAUUCUGCGAACUAACAUGAAGAAGUUGUACAUGGAGUCCGGGAAAUUACAAAAGAUGAAUAGGGGAGAUGGUUCGAGCGACUGGAGGGAAAAUUGUAAUGUGCAAGUGCUUCCGAUAUCAUGGAGGCACACUGUUGGAUUCCAAACAGAUGCAACGCAACCAAAUAAAGAAAAUCCUGAAUUGCCGCCACUUGGAGACAUCACAUUAAAUGGUGUGUUAGGUUUACGAAGACUGCUGGGAGAUAUUGCAUUGGACAUUUUGUUGUACGGCGAGCCUUAUUACAGGAAACGUAUUCUUGAUGAAGUGAAGAAGCAUUUGAAUGAUACGUACAACUUGUUCAAGGAGCGAAACCCUGGAUUUGGAGGUGAAGUACAUCUAAUAGGUCACUCGUUAGGAAGUUUGAUCUUGUUCGAUAUACUCUGCGAACAAGAUGAUUUCAAAUUGGACUUUGAUGUUAAGAACUUCUACAGUAUUGGAUCACCUACUGGUGUAUUCAAAUUGAUACAGCGGACUAAGAUAGGUUCAAAGCAGGAUGAACCCGAGGAGACUUCAACCUCAUUUCAAAAACCCAAAUGUGAAAACCUCUAUAAUCUAUUCCAUGUUUGCGACCCGAUCUCUUAUAGAAUGGAGCCUCUAGUUGAACUAUCCAUGGCGCAAUAUCAAGCAGCAAACAUCUCGCAUUGGUCCGCUGGAGAUGGCAUUGCAUCUCGAGUAUUAGAAUUCGGCGGAAGUAUUCUCAAAGAUAUCCCAGGCACCGCUAUCAAAGGCCAAAAACCAGGCAAUGGCAAGACAAUGCUACCAGUGGACGUUGUAGAGAAGUUGACCAAGCUGAACCGCACAGGCCGUAUAGACUACAUGUUACCGCCCGGUUUCUUGGAAGUGGACAUCAUCGCGGCUGCCAAAGCACAUGUAUCGUAUUUUGAAGAACCCGAUAUUGCAGGAUUCAUCCUUAAGGAGAUUCUGGCGAAGAACCAUGGCAACCACGACGUUAUAGUGACCAAAUUGAACCGCUCAUCGGAUGCUUAA